GGACGGAGGACAUGGCUGUUUCCUCCUGGGUUCCACCUUCUCUUCCCGAGUCCUCCGCCGGCGCCGCCGCCGCCUCAGGCUUGGUCCUCCUCGACAGGUGGUGCUACAUCGCCGACCUCCCCAACAACACCACCGCCGAGAGCACCACCAACAGAGGCUUGCCUAUCAAGGUGACCUUCCGCGCCGCCUGCCCGCCACUUCUCUCCCACUUUUGUGUCCACUGCCCUGGCCUGGACUUCCGCAGAAUAGGCCCCAAGAUUGUCGCCACCGACGCAGAUCUCGUCCUCCUCUGCGUCCCCGUCAACCCCAACAGCACCACCGGAGCAUCGGACUGGGACUACUUCGUCUACAGCCCGCGCGCCCAGUGGCUAGAUCUGCUACCCAGCCCGGACGCCAGGUGCCUCAACGACUCCGCAACCGCCCUCAUCAGCCGCCAAGGCGGCGCUUGGUAUGCCGUCGCCGCUCUCGGUGCUUGUAAACCCAUCUUCAGUGGCCACGCGCUCACCAGGUGGGACUUCGACCUCCACCUCUACAGAUCCUCAUCGAGUCCCAAACGCUGGAGAUCCAAGCGCUUGUCGCUGAAUGAGUUCGUGAGGGACAAUCUUAUCCCUUUACCUGUAGCAGUCAACAGGCACACGCUCUACCACGUGACGGGGAAGACCAUCACGAUUGGUGGCGACCAUGGCACGGUCGCCUGGGUGGACCUCUGGCGCGGCAUCUUCUUCUGCGACGUGCUCAAGAAACGCCCGCUGAUCCAGGAUGUCCCGCUGCCGGUGCCGGCAAGGGCUAACUGGAAUCACCUCCUCAUAAAUCCUGAGCCCAGCUUCCUGCGGGACGUAACUAUCAGCCGAAACAAAGGCUCGAUCAAGUAUGUCGAGUUGGAAUUCCGGUCACCACAAGAGCUCGCCGCCACCACGACCCCUGCUGAAUCCUACACUGACUGGGUGCGCAAUAACUACUCGAGGAAAUCUCAGGUCACCCCUCAUGGCUGGAAGUCCACCAUAUGGAACAUGGCAAUACCGGUUGGUUCGUCCGAGGGCUGGCACCGUGACUGUGUAGUUGACGUUGAAGACGUCAGCUUGGAGCCAUGUCUUUCGGAUGUCAUGGCGAUGCUGAGCAGCAAGACCUUGCAGCAACUUCCAGUGGGAUACCCCAUCCUAAGCAUGGAUGAUGAUGUCGUUUACUUGUUUUCUCAAACCAUGGACAAGUUGCGAGUGAUAUUUGCUAUUGAUGUGAGGAAGGCAACAUUGCGAGGAUUGGCUGAGCUUGAUGACCAGAAGCACCUUUUCUUCUCCAACUUAUGCUUUACUAGUGAGAUCUGCAGGGGUACCUGAGCAAUAUUAAGGUAACUUCUCUAUGCUGGUAGAAGCAAAGCACUGAAGGGAGCUGAAAAGUAGUUAUCAAACAAACUGAACAGGGUAAAUCAUCUGAGGUGCAUGCGAAGAACUGGCUAGGACAAAGAAGCGUCAACCUGUUUGUUGAAACAUGGUACAAAGAAUCUGGAUGCAGACAUUGGAGAUUUAAUUUCUCUAGUUGAUUUUUGAAAAUUACGUGUAAUGCAACUAUCUGGAUUAUGUUGCUUGCAGUAUGCAGAUAGAGGUAUUUACCUUUGUUGGUAAAUGUUUUGGUUGGACCAUGUUUUGAUUUGGUUUUUAAUUUUUCUGUAUCCACAUUUUCUCUUGUUCC